UUUUAGUAGCGCCCUUGAAACGCAUGGUUCUCGAUUUUAUCAGGGAUUAGUGGAGACAAAACGAGGUAACCCAAUGUUCAUCGUGAUGACGGUCCGGGGCGGAGUUACAUAUGGCUAAUGUCAGCCUUCCACGUCCAUUCGUGUACGCAAAUGGUGCAAUCGGAGUCAUAUUUGUUGCAACAAAGUAUAUAUAAUCAUAAGUAUUAUGAUUAGGGGAAGUUGAUGAGCAUCUUUUCUUAUUGCUCCGUUUAUUUGUUUUUGGUUUCUCCAUUUGUUAGGACAGGUGAGGGGACAUAGAAUAGGCUACGUUUAGCUAGCAAACUGAACAGCAGUAUCGUCAAGUCGGGAGUUUUUAAAUUGAAAGGGGUUUACGGUACAGUAGAUAAGUUUUUUUGGGGGGGAGCCGUCAAAAUGUUUGGUCACCCCAAAGCAGGCCGUAGUAGCCACCUGAAGAAUUUUGUCAUUCUCGUUGUGUUCAGCCUUCAUUUCGUUGAUAUCCUGACCGAUAAAUCUCCAUCUGCCCUGACCGUGGUGGACAACCCUGAAAGCACCGUGGAGGAUGAGGAGGUUCGCCUUGAUGGGGAAGAAGAUACGGAGGACCUUGAGGUGGUCCAGCCGACACACUUGUGGCAGACUCUAAAACCAGGCCAGGCGGUACCGAUAGGUUCUCACGUGAGGUUGAAUCUGCAGACUGGGCAGAGAGAGGUUCGGCUGGGGGAAGAACAGCUGAAGUACCUUGGAGAUAAACACAGGGAGGAGGAGGACAAUGGCAAGGCUCCAUUCUUUUCCACUCAGGAACUGAAGAACGCACUCAAAAUGUUAAAAGAAGGGGUGGAGCCAGAGACCACAGAGCAGGAAGAAAUGGCCAAGGAGUCGGUGCGGUCCCAGUUCCGUCCUAUCGAGGAGCUGAAGAAAGACAUGGCCCAGUUAGACAUCCAGGUGGAAACGGACUCCCAGAUCAUGGCCCGUCUGGUGGCCCAGUUCAACGGCUCCUCAGCCAGCUUGGAGGAGCGUCUCAAGGUCCUGCUUGACCUGGAAUACCUGGUGCAUCAGGUGGACAAUGCCCAGAACCUGGCCUCUAUGGGUGGUCUGAAGCUGGUGAUAGAGAGUUUAAACAGCACUGACCAUCGUAUGCAGGAGAACGCAGCCUUCGUACUGGGGUCUGCCCUAUCCAGUAACCCAGUUGUUCAGGUGGAGGCAGUAGACUCUGGAGCGUUACAGAAGCUGCUGACAAUGCUGGCCACUCCUCAUCCCAUGGCCGUGAAGAAGAAGGUACUGUUUGCCUUAGCUGCUCUGCUCCGUCACUUCCCCUUUGCCCAGAACCACUUCUUGAAGCUGGGGGGUCUGCAUGUGUUGGGAGAGCUGUUCCGUGGCACGGGGGGCGAAGUUCUGAGAGUCAGGGUGGUCACUAUGGUCUACGACAUGAUCAUGGAGAAGGAGCUGAACUCCCAGACAGGACUGGACAUCAUCCCUGACACUGCCCACCAGGAGCGCUUGCAUCAGUACUCCCAGAUCUCCCUCCUACCCUUGUUGGCGGAGCAGGGCUGGUGCGGCCUAAUGCCCGAGCUGCUGGAGUCUCCAGAGCACGACUGGAGGGAGAAGGCCCUGCGAGCCCUGCUGGCCAUGCUGCGUUCCUGCCGGAGCCACUUCCGACAGGACCGGGGACUGACGGAUGUGCUGGGGGCCCUGAGGGGCCAGUACCAAGAGCUGGUAGUGAUAGAGACCAGUUUGGGAGAGGAUGGAGGGUACUUUGGGGAGAUUCUGGACCUGCUGGAUACCCUGGUACUCAGGCUAAAGUGACCCUGAGGCUUGGAGAGAGAGUAUGGAGAGGGGGUGAGGAGGCAGCAACCUGGGACCUCCAGUAGCAGGGUUACCAAAACCUCCCUAGGUGUGGGAAAGACUCUCAAGAUACGACUGGCUUAAUGCCUUCAUUUGUUCUGAAUGAAAGGGUACCAUGUUGCAGACACUGAACCUAUUUUCAGACAGUGCAAGAUACAUUACCUCUGACAAACACACAGUACCACAACCCUGAAAGCAACAGCCUAGCCCAGGAUCGUCUAAGCUUGCCCUGUUCAUAUUGAGGCCAAAAGAUGGACAGGUAUUGCAAGGUAAUACAUGUAUUUAUACAAUGGGUUGUGCUUUGAUUGUCGAUAGGAAUUUGGCAAAGCAAAGGCUUUGUCUUUUAUUGAGGGAAUGUGAAUUAACUGGUUUUUGAUUUAAUGUCAGGAAGCGUUGACAAUAACAGAUUAUCUUCUUCCUUCCAGUCCAAGAUUUGGUUCAAAGGUGUGUUUGGUAUCCCUCGUGGAGAGACUCAAAGAAAGAUAUAGCAGCCUAGUGACCCUGAAAGCCAGGUUCUAGCAAUCAGGAGGACUGACAUAAUCUGAGCUAUCCCACCAUGCCUUGCUGAUAGUGAGACUAUAAGAUAUUGGACAGGUAAAUGUACUGUAGCUUUAGCAAGAAGAAGAAGGUCAAACAGUGGGGUAUGGAUGAUGUAAAACUUUAUUACAGUUAAGUGCUACAUGUAUAAUAGCCAACCAUGGCUGUGAUUGGGUGGUCAGUUUGGAGACCAUAAAUUUCCUGUCAGGCAGACUGGCUGGAUGACUAGACCUUGCACAUCCCAC